AUGGAUACAACGAGUACUUCAGUAGCAGAAAUGACGCCUGAGCAGACAAUCCGAGAGUAUUUACAGAAAAACCCAAUCAAACUCUCGCCAUGGGAAAUCAAACGAUAUUUUUCAAACGAAGCAAACGUUUCAGAGGAAUACUUGGAGUGUUCCCUUGAAAAGUUGAAAGAAGUUUCUCCGGAAUUUGAAGAAAAUCACGAAGAAUUGAUUAAAGAGCUGGAGAAAAAUGUGUUGCUCGUUGUGCCGAUGAUUAAAAAAAUACCAAUCACAACUCUACUCCAAGUCAUCAGUGAAAGUGUAUCGAAUAUUCAGAUUUUCCCAUUUCUUCCCGAUUUUCCAAAACCUCCAGCUACCAAACUUCUCGAUCACAUCUUCCCGGACAACAGUCUGAGUUCUGAAGAAAAAAUAACAGAAUACGAACAGAUAGCCAAAAACACGACACGUAUUCUGGAGUAUUUGAUUUCAUGGAGGGAUCACGUAGCAAAAUAUGUUGAUGGACUGGAGAGCUUUUUGGAAGAAUAUGAUGCGGAGUUAACUGAAGAACAGAAGGAAAGGAUCGGUCAGAUGAUUAUGAAAUCUAAGAAGACUAUCCCACAAAUCAACAAUAAGAUUGAACAAAAGAAAAGAGAUAGUGCUGAAGAGCUUCGUGAAUUCGAACAAUUCUACCGUGUUGUAUCCCAAGAGCCGAAGUACUCAUCAAUGAAUCCAAGUGUUGCGCGUAGUCAAAUACAGAUAGUUUUUGAUGAAUCAGAUCAUUCCCUUCGACGAAUUGUGGCUAGAAUGGGGGAAGAAAUCGAAGAGAAUGGAGAAGGUGUGGAAGAAAAGUUCAUUAAAGAAGAGGAGAUUGAUGAAGAAGAAGAAAAAACUGAAAUGACGAGAAAGCGAUCGGCAGAUGAAAAGAAAAAGACUGCUAAUGGAAAGUCAAACGGAAGUCGCGCGUCGACCUCGCCAGCAAUCGAAACCUAUCCAGCAACGAAGAAGUCGAGAGUGGAAACAUGCAGCCAACGUCACCAAAAAGGCGGAAAAGUGUCCGUUUCGGUUGCUGAAAUCUAG